GCUCAGGGCGCCAUACAAGCUAGAACCGCCACAUACACUUGAAACAAAUCGCCAAACCGAAAACUGCAGACAAAAAUGAUUUCUGCUACUAAGAUCAGUGACAUGUAGUUUAAACGGACAACGGAGUGAAGAGCAGAUAUCUCAACUAGCAAGCAAGUCGCAGCAAUGUGGGUGGAUUUUCGGCACAUCACCCGCCAGUGGGCUUCCUCUCAAAACGCCAAGCGGAUGCUUCACAUUUAUACAUCCGGUGAAAUAUCUGUCUCAUUGUUCUAUCUGCAGCUUAGCGAUUUCGACGCAUACAUCGGUGCUCCGGUAUCAAACGUAACAUAACUACGUAUUACUUCUGUCUAGCUGGUAGUGUAAUCGUGUGUGCGAGACUGGUGUUUUGGUGUUCGUAUCUUCUAAUUUCGACAGAAACGUGCAAUCGGGUGGAGAGAAUGUCAAGGCCACGAUCGCCACAUUAUUCUCACAGAGGCAGUCCAAGGAGGCAAGAUGCCCGGAGGUUCCCCUGGGACGACCCAGACUUCGACCCCCAGCAGGUUCUGGCUGACCUGGGCAGGCUGCCCUGGGAAGAGAACCGCAACCCUGGGGAGUCUCACGAGGACCAGUGGGUCCGCUUCAUGGACGAGAUCCAUCCAGAUGGCCACAGAAGACCUAUGCCUAGAGGGAGCCUUCGGCCAAAGGGCCACAGAAGACCUAUUUCCCCAGGUCUCCACAGGCCUGACCAACACCUCCCCCCAGAGGACUUCCACCAUUGCAGGACCCCACCGCCCCCCCACGAGCUGGGCUACGCCGAACGCAGGAGGCUCUCCCCCCAUGAUGGAGGAGGGGGUGGCAGAGGAAGAGUGAAAGAAGAAUUCCAAAGAUGCGAAGGAAAGCUGCCCCCCUCCCCGCAGAGGCUACCCAGAGAGAGGCUGCCAUCACUGGCCCCGCAGCACACUCACUACAGCCCUAGCCACCACCAGAGAGCGCCCUCUGCAGGUUGGAGGAGAGAAGAGGGGGACCAGAGCCAGGGGAGGUCCAGGGACCGCAGCCCCAGGGAGAGGGUUCAGGGCGGGGGGAAGUGGGAGAGGAGGGGUGAGGGUGGAGAUUCUCCCGGUUCCUAUAGAGACAGGAAGAGAGACGACAUGCAAAGAGAGUGGAGCACCAUCUCUGACCGGAACCGGAGGGAAACUGUUGAACCGGUGAAUCCUGGGUACGGGAGGGAGACAGAGUUUAGGGAGCGCCGCCCCUCGCUGGAGAGGCCCCGGGAAGGGUACAGAGGAGGGAGGCCACUGGGGCGCAGUGGCCCCCUAGGUGGCCACAAUGGCCGGGGGCCUAAAGCCCUCAUCGUGGAGCAUGAACAUGAUAUUAUGAACAGCGGAGGGCCAGAACCGUACCACAACCACAGGGGCCCCGACCGCAACCGGAGCCACAGCCACGACCGAUUCAGUCAUCAUCACAACCAGGUCGGAGCCUCUGAGGAGCGGUUCAGGAAGUCAGGCAGCAGGUCCAAUACUAGAGAGGAGGCCAGGCGCCAGCCUGCACAUGAGAGGAGGGGGCCUAUACGUGAGUCCAAAAGGGGCCCUGUCCAUGAAGAUAGGAGGGGGCCUAUACAUGAGUCCAAAAGAAGCCCUAACCGUCAGGGGAGAGCCAGGCCUAUAGGCUUCCAGGAUAGAGGUAGUCCCACGGAUCCCAAGGCCAGAAACAGUACAUUCUGUGGGGCAAGGGAGGCCCCAGCCCGGGGUGGCAAGAGACAGAUGGGGCCCUCCAGGAACCAACCCCAGCCUCUCCUCCAGGGACAGCAGGGGUACCAACCACGGGGUGCCAACUCUCAGCACUCCCCUCCAGAGCACCAGAGGUACCAACCCAGGGGAGAUGACUGGGACAUGGAGCCCAGAGAGGAGGAGCCCGGCUGGGCAGAAGAGAGCGACAUGGAGCCCCCCUGGGAGCAGGAUCGGGGACAAGGGCCACGAGGAGGCCGGCCACCGGCACAGUGCAGGAUGGGACCCAGGAAACCUCAGCUUAGAGAUCUCAACCCCAACUGGAACCAGCAGCAGAACAACAUGGCAAUGCCUCGCAAAGGAGCCGGCAAGGAGGAGACACUCACCAUCAAAGUGGACAUGAAGCGCACCAUGGGCCAGAACAGCCAGCUGUGCUACUCUUCAGACCGCCAGCUGUCGUUGGAUCUGGUCAAUGUGGGCCGCCAGCGCCUCGACUUCCUACCCAUGCUAGAGCAUUCUGGGACGUACCGGGAGUCCACAAUGCACUCUGGAACUUUUGCCCAGGAGAUCAUCACCCUGGUGCACCAGGUCAAAGAGCAUUACUUUAGGGGUGAUAGUGUAAAGCUGACCGAGCGUUUCUGUGGCGCCCAAGAUGGUCUGCCUGAGGAGGAGCAGGAGGAAGAGAGGCCUACUCUGAACAGGCGGUUCAACAUGAGUCUGUCAGAGCCAGACAUGGAACCUCUCUUCUCCAAAGUUGGCCGCAUGCAGAAGCAGCAGCAGGCGGUGAGUGACCCAGGAGACCUGAGACAUGACCUGGAGAGGAGGAGACAGGAGAGGCUGGAAGGGGUGAAGGUCACCAUCCCUGGAGGCAGGCUUUCAAAGCGCCCCCUGGUUGCUGGGAGUGACCAUCAUGAGGAGUAUGGUAGUGGGGAAGAGGAGGUUCAGGAGGAAGAGGAUGGCUUCUCUUCAGGCUGGCCAGGCCUACCACAGAGAGGAGGGAGGUGGCCCGGAGAGAUGAGGAGAGGAGGCAUAGUUAGACAAAACAUGGGCGGCCAGCGGAGGAACAACCGGUCUCCUAAUCUCCCCGGCAACCAUCUGGGACCAAUAAGGCAACAGAACCGCAAUAUUAACGGUGCCAACUGGUGAAUGGACUCUUGGAUGGAGCCUGGGGUUAUGUGAGGUUAGCUGUUGAGCUCAGAGUGACCAGGCCAACUGUAUAUACAAACGUAUGUGGACACCCCUUCAAAUGAGUAGAUUCAGCUAUUUCAGCCACACCUGUAGCUGACGGGUGUAUAAAGUCGAGCACACAGCCAUGCAAUCUCCAUAGACAAACAAUGGUAGUACAAUUACCUUAUUGAGGAGCUCAGUGACUUUCAAUAUGGCACUGUCAUAGAAUGCCACCUUUUCCAACAAGUCAGUUUGUCAAAUUUCUGCCCUGCUAGAGCUGCCCCGGUCAAGUAAGUGCUGUUAUUAUGAAGUGAAAAUGUGUUGGCGCAACAACGGCUCAGCCGUGAAGUGGUAGGCCACACAAGCUCACAGAACCGUCUGUCCUCUGUUGUAACAGUCAAUACAGAGUUCCAAACUGCCUCUGGACGCAAUGUCAGCACGAGAAUUGUUUGUUGGGAGCUUCAUGAAAUGGGUUUCUGUGGUAAAGCAGCUGCACACAAGCCUAAGAUCACCAUGUGCAAUGCCAAGCGUCGGCUGGAGAGGUGUAAUGCUCUCCGCCAUUGGACUCUGGAGCAGUGGAAAUGCGUUCUCUGGAGUGAUGAAUCACGCUUCAUCAUCUGGCAGCCCUACGGAGGAAUCUGGGUUUGGAGGAUGCCAGGAGAACCCUACCUGGCCAAAUGCCUACUGCCAAAUGUAAACUUUGGGAGAGGAAUAAUGGUCAGGGGCUGUUUUUCAUGGUUCAGGCUAGGCUCCUUAGUUCCAGUGAAGGGAAAUCUUAACACUACAGCAUGCAAUGACAUUCUAUAUGAUUCUGUGCUUCCAACUUUGUGGCAACACUUUGGGGAAGGCCCUUCCCUAUUUCAGCAUGACGAUGCCCCCGUGCACAAAGCAAGGUCCAUACAGAAAUGGUUUGUUGAGAUCGGUGUGGAAGAACUUGACUGGCCUGCACAGAGCCCUGACCUCAACCCCAUCGAACACCUUUGGGAUGAAUUAGAACACGCCUAAUCGCCCAAUGUGAGCCACUCCUAAUCGCCCAAUAUCAGUGCCCAACCUCACUAAUGCUCCUGUGGCUGAAUGGAAGCAAGUCCCCACAGCAACAUCUAGUGGAAAGCCUUCCCAGAAGAAUGGAGGCUGUUAUAGCAGUAAAGGGAGGACCAACUCCAUAUUAAUGCCCAUGAUUUUGGAAUGAGAUGUUCGAUGAGCAGGUGUCCACAUACUUUUGGUCAUGUGAAAAGUAUGUGGAGUAUAUUAUAACAACACACGUAGACAGCCUGACCUUAGAACCGGCAUCUCUUAUUUUCUGCUGCUUGAUUACCUGGCACCUUUUCCAUUAUCUGACCUACACCUGUACUGACACUGGCCAACAGAACAUGUAAAGUCUCCUGACAAAGUAGUGUUGUGGGGAAGUGAUGUCAUAAUGCAGGGGGGAGGACCCUGAGCCAGAAGGGGAACAUCCUGUUAGUGAGGAGCCACCUAAUUCAUUCAUUGGUCCUUUCAUUCAUGAAGUAUAUUCUGAGUAAAUGAACACUGCUUCUUGUUGGCUGUAUACAUUGCUUACCGAAGGAAAACAAUAUCAAAUAAUAGAUUACUUCAAAUACCAUGUUGGCAAGCGUGUUAGUGUAAGGUAGUAAAAGUCCCUCUUGAGCGUAGUAGUAAAAAUGCAUCUCACAUGAGUACAGACAAUUUGGUCAUUACCUGUAUUAAUACUCAGUAUUCCCCACAGCUCUCACCUGUACACCUGUGUGAGCGCUUAAGGUCAGGUACAGAGGUGAUCCUUGCUGAUAUUUAACAGGUGCCUACUUCCACCUAGGCCAAAUUUUUAGGUCGUUACGGAUAGGUCAGACUGCUAUUCUAUGGUCAGUGGAGACUGACCGGUGGAUUGAUGCCCCGCUGGACUAACCAGAGCUGACUGGGGAAGAGGAUGCCCAGCUCUACAGGUGGAUAUCAAGUUGGGAUAGUGCUUGGCAGGAACACAGGCAGGCCUUAACCUUUAACCCCACAAGAGCAAGCAGAGGUGAUAUGGGAUCUGGCAAAGAAUCCAGUCAGACGAUCACAGUGAAACGAACACAGCAUUUAUUUCAAAUGUAGGUAGAAAUACAAAGUCCAUAAAAAAUGUCUUUACACCACAGUACCAUAGACUUUUACACAAUAAAAACAUCUUGACUUUUUAAUCAA